GCGAUGGAUCGGAGGAAUGCUGCAGUGAGUAAUGCGUACGACUACGUGCUUUUGUUUGCCUGUUAAUUAAAGUGUAUUUGAAUCUAAGUUUUAAAAAUAAUAUUAGUGAAGUGUGAAAGUUAUUGUACCACAUAUAUACAUAUCUGUAUAUAUUAUUGAAAUAUCCAUUGAUUGGUUGCUGUUUAAUGUUUAUUAGAAUUUUACUUGUUUGUGUUUUAGCGGCUUAUUUGCAUAAAAGCAGACAUAUUUGUACAUAAGACCUAACUCGCGAAUGAUAAUUGUUUCGUUCGUGAACAAGCUGGAAGUGAUAAAAGAUUGCGCAAACCUAAAUUAUAUAUUUUCCCGCGUAUUCGUAAAUAUCAGUUAUUUGCUAAUAUUUAUUAUAUAUACAUUUUAUUUUUGCCCACAUAUUAUUUUUUUAUUUUGAAACAUAAUUAACAUACUAAAAUUGAAAACAACUGAUUUUAACUGGAUAGAUAUACCCACUUAUAAUAUCCAAAUAUUAAUUUACUGUUAGGUAAAAAUUACUUAUUUGUUUUCGACAUAUUACUUCGGCGAAGUGCACAUGCGAUUCAUUACAAUAUUCCAAAGUGAACUUUUUUCAUAUAUUUACUCAUUGUUAGUGAUGCAAACAUACUUAUAAUGCAAUUCCUAAUUUAGUGAUAAGACAAACUGGAAGCUGAAGCGAUACACUCCAACGAACAGCUACUAUCCUUCGAAUUGCGAAGUAAAGACAUAAAAUGGGAGAGCUAUGUAACACCAUUGACGGCCCGCAUUUCGCCAAUUUAUCUACAAAGACAAUUCCAAUUGAUGAGUAAUUAUAGAGAACCAAUUGGAAACCACAAUAGGCGUGAAGUUCUAGUCUGUCACGAUAUGAUGGGAAACUAUCUGGAAGAUCGGCAUUACCACUCAUCUAAAAAGUAUGAUGACUACCGUUUCUACCAUUGGUCCGGAAUCGAUUACUUUUGUUACUUUAGUCAUAAUUAUAUCACAAUACCGCCAUGUGGUUGGUUAAAUGCAGCGCACAAACAUGGUGUACGAGUUUUGGGCACAUUUAUUACUGAAAGUGGGCACUCCAAACUAUUAAGUGAAGUGCUGCAGUCAAAGGAUAUGGUAGAUAAGAUUGUCGAUGCUAUGGUGAAACUAUGCAAGCAUUAUUGCUUUGAAGGCUGGCUGAUUAAUGUCGAAUGCAAAGUUAAAUUAGAAGAUAUGGAAAACCUUUACUACCUCAUAGAACGCUUACGCUCAACUGUGGAAAGUGAAGUGGAACACGGUGUGGUGUUCUGGUAUGACAGCAUCAUUGAUACAGGCGACCUGAGAUGGCAAAAUGAAAUUAAUGCAAAAAAUGUGCGUUUUUUUCGUGCUGCUCAUGGCAUGCUAAUCAAUUAUACUUGGAAUGACAAAAGUCUAGAGAUGACAACGGAAAUUUGUGAGCGCUCACAAGCUCAAUGUCAGCGUGCCUUUUUUGGCAUCGAUGUCUUUGGACGUGGCCAAGUUGCCAAGUUUCAGUGUAAACAAACCUUGGCACGCAUUGUGAAUCAACGAUUUUCAACGGGUUUAUUUGCACCGGCCUGGACAUAUGAAACACUACAAACGUUUGGGUACAAUAUAAAACAACCGUUGGGAGAUGACAGCGUAAAUGAUGCUUUCUUGCGACGCAAUGAAAAAUUUUGGUGUUCUUUAUGGGAACAUUUGGCUACACAUCCCUACAAUAUAUUACCGUUUUAUACCGAUUUUUGUCUGGGUUCAGGAAAAAACACAUAUGUAAAUGGACGCGCAAAGAGUAGUUUGAGCGGGAGUGGUGGGGGUGAUGGCGAACAGUUUUUUAAUUUAUCUCGCUGUUCGCUACAGCCAUCAGUCCCUCUAUAUCAGCUCGCUGAGCGUUACUACGCCGACGGUUUUAAUGGCGGCUCGUGUCUCCGAAUAUUACAAUAUAAUAAUAGCUUCCGUGUGUUUGUUACCGACUUCAAACUACAAAAUGGUGGACUUGUUUUUGCAUACGCUUAUAAGCUACAACCAAAGGAUGGCGAAUUCGACUGCAUUUUGCGUUUUUGUACUAGAAAUAAUGCACGUGAUUGCUAUCUGUUCCUGGGUGAUUAUUACGAUACAAUGAAUUUGCAAAAGGGACGCUGCUACGUUUCACCGUUAAAGCCGAAAUAUUAUAAUCUAUUGAACAGCAAUAAGUUAGAUACACCAAAAAUACCCAAAGAAAUUUCGCUGCCAGAAAAUAUGGUAAAUGGGUGGCGCGUACGUUAUUAUGUGGUGGCUUUUGAUGGCGCCAUUCAAGUGAAGGAUAUUGGUGUGCUGUAUCGACGAAGUGAAGAAGCAACAGACACUGCCUACUUAGGUGCGGUCUAUCUGAAUGAGUGUGAUGUGAAUACGCUUGACUUCCCACAAGAUAGCAAUAUUGCAUUGAUACAAAUUUAUGGAGAGGAUUUGCUUAAUUAGAUUUUGAAGGUAAGGCCCAACGGCAGUCAAAAGUCAGUAAAUUUUUGCUCUUUU